GGCUUCUGCUCGUCGCCAUGCAUACUAGACAACAGUCUGCAUCACCUGCUGCGAAGCUGAACAACACGCUGAACGCACAGCGGGAGGUUGACCAGCAGUGAUCGACCCAAAAGAGCUUCGCCCUGCCUCAUCUCGACCAUGGCCAGGCGACCCCGCCAGGCCUUGCGUUCCCUCGACUUUCCCAGCGGGCACGCAGCGGGCGUGUUGUGAGCGGCACUGUCCAAAGCAGGCUUGACCCCUUUGUCAUCAUCAGGCAACACGCCCCAAUGGCAUUUCAAGCUGGUAAGAUGACAUGGAGAUCAGGCGCAGCAGCAGGUGGAAGGGCCACCACAGGAGGCACAGCAGGCCGGAAUGGCCACCUCGUCGAGUCGAGCGUGCCGCUCGCUGAUGCACAGACCUUCAGGGACCUCCUCAUCUUCGAAGAAAGGCUCAAGCAAAGCGCUACAAGGCUGCAGAAGAGGAAAAAGAAGUACGAGACUCUGCUCGCACUCAGUUGCGGGGCGAUCGCCUUUCUCAGCUAUCAUGUCGCGAUCGACAAGCCAGAGAUUCUAAUAUUCCAUCGAAUCAACAUCGCUUUGCUACUCUUUUUCUGCACCAACGUCUUCCUUUUCUUUGCAUCAGGCAUGUACGCCGAUCGCAUUGUUGCUGCCAACAAGUUCGUCCCGCAAGCCAACCGCUCGCUGAGAAAUUUCAACAUGUACCUCAACACUCGAACGACACCACGGCGAGGCAUAUUCGCACGCAUCUUCCUGCCAUUCUUGAAGCCUCCGCUGGCACGACGGUCCAACCCACCUUCGCGCAGUGGCUCGCCGCACACGUCACCCAGCAAGGAGCUGUUUGGGCUUGUGCUAGAUGGCAGUAGUAAUAAUAGCAGCAGUGAAAAGAGGCAACCGCUCGCCCCACAGCAAUCUGAUAGGCCGGUGACCCACAGCAUCACUCCUUCACUGGGCGCAAAGAACGGCAGAAACCUGUCACAGGCGAGCAGCAUCGCGCGGCGCAACGCCAUCAGCGCGAUCCCACCGGCUGCCAACCCGCGCGGCGAGCUCAUCUUCAACUCGAAAGUUUCCCCAGCUUUCCGCGAGGGCUACGAGCGCUAUCGAUCUGCAUUCGAGCGUAGGCGCUCCGAAAAGCUCGAAGCGAAGCGCAGGAGUGGAUGGCGUUGGUGGUUGUACACCGGCGCCGGAUGGGGCUGGUGGGUCAAGGAGAUUUGGAAGCCGCCCGAGGCGGAGCCACACUCACAUUCGCACCUACAUGCGCACGGGCACCACGCGCAAGGACACCACGCGCAUGCGCACGGACAUGGGCACAGCGACGAGCCGUACCAGCCAUCGCGCCGCACGCGUGUGACGAGUGGUGUUCUAUCGCACGGCUCUACACAAGGAGGGACGCAUGCACGCACCACCAGAGGGCGCAGCGGCACGGCCGGCAGCACGGCGAGCAAUGCAAGCUUACCUGAGGGGAUCGGCGGCAGUGCGCUGGCCGAAUGCAACGGUAACAGAGGCAUUGAUCAAAGCGGGAUUGUCAGUAAUAGUAACAUUCCACAGAUGACACCUUCACGGCGCCGCAGGGCAGGGCCUGAUUCGGCGACACGCCACAGCAAGCGCCUGGACUCGCUUUCCAACUCUGGCCCCAGCGCCCAAUCUAGCUCCACUUACCCAGAAGGCUCCCGCGCCAGCGCAGCACUGCAGCGAUCAACAGGACCUACGCGCCAUACCUACGAAACGAUGACAAGCGUCAUCAUUCCUUCCGCGCCGAUCGGCACUCGCUCGCGGCGUUCUAAGGAAGCUUCCAGCGCCGCCAGCGGUACUGCCGCCGGCGACCGUAGCGAGCGUGGCAGAGACGCCACGCCUUCACCCGUAGCGGCAUCCUAUGCGGGAGGCACACCGCUUUCGCUGUCCCCUACACCUUCUAUUUCCGAGAGGAGCAUCCGCAGAGACGGCGACGGCGUUGGCGAAGGCGGUGGUUGCAGCGAUGGUGGCGAUGCCGCAGCUGAUACGGACGCUGCUGCGGUGGUAGCGAUGGCCGAAUAUCGGUCCGAUCUAGUCGGAACACUGCGAGAGCCGGAGCCAGAGCCAGAGGCGCAUGCAGCAGAUGUAGAUGAGUCGCCGCCCAUGUCGAAUGCUUCCAGUCCCGCAACGUUGCGCUCGCCUGCAGGAGCACCUUCAGCAACGGAAGAUGCAUCUGUAUCACAGGCCACCGAAUCGUUUGCGGAACGGGGCUGGGUGAACGUCGUCACGGCGCAGAGACUUGCUUAGUGCGAAGAGGUACUAAGAUCCUGCUGUAUCAUAGCCAACAGAAAUAGUCGAAUAC